AUGCUAGCAGCUUUAGGAAGUUUAAAGGAGGUAAAUGCAAAGAAUAUAAAAUUGAUGAGAGUAUAUACUCUCCCGGGCAGAACGGCCACGACGGAAACCAAAUUGAUUACUAGGGCAGAUUUGAGUUCUACUAUGAAUCAGUGGGAAGAUGAUAACUGCCAAGAGGUGAUUCACAGACCUGCCAUUCGCAAGAAAGGACCAAGGAUGACGAGACCA